AUGCAAAAUGAUCUGUCUCAAAAGAUAGACAAUGUCCAAUACGCAAUCUCAAGGCUUACCAACCUCAACACAAUGCAAGAAAAAGAAAAGUUUCCUUCUCAACCUCAUCAAAACCCUAAGGGUAUCCAUGACGUGGAGGCUCAAGAGGGAGAAUCUUCAAAGGUGAGGAAAGUCAAAGCAGUUAUCACCUUGAGGAGUGGUAAAGAGUUUGAUCAGCCCACAUCCAAGCCAAAGCAUGAUGAAGAGAGUGUAGCAGAAAAAGAAAAGAAUAUGAUGAAGAAACACAUGCCUCCACCUUUCCCCCAAGCUUUGCAUGGCAAAAAGGGAACCAAUAAUACAUCAGAAAAUUUUGAAGUGUUCAGGCAAGUGAAGGUCAAUAUCCCUUUGCUAGACAUGAUCAAACAAGUGCCGACAUAUGCAAAAUUCUUGAAGGACUUGUGCACUAUAAAGAGAGGGUUGAUUGUGAACAAGAAAGCCUUCUUGACUGAGCAAGUGAGUGCCAUCAUACAGUGCAAGUCUCCACUGAAGUACAAAGAUUCGGGCUGCCCUACCAUCUCAGUGAGUAUUGGAGGGACUUGUUGUGUGGAGAAAGCUUUGCUGGACUUGGGAGCAAGUGUGAAUUUGCUACCCUACUCUGUCUACAAGCAAUUGGGAUCCAGUUGUCAAAGGAACUAA